GAGAGGCUUCAACUCAGGCCAGAGUUAUCAUCUAUCAAGUACAAGAGGAGCUGAAGGUCACGCUGAACACUUCAGUUCAGUAAUAAUUAAUAGGAACCUUAUCUGGCUGAAAUGAGAUAAAGAGGGGUACAUCUCCAUGACAACAACCCCCCAGGCCUGUAAACACACACACACACACACACACACACACACACACACACACACCCUGUCAGCUUGUACAGUCAGUCUGAAGGUGAGCUCGCAGCAUGCACAGGUCCUACCAGCCGUUAAAGCCCGUCACUAACCGCUACCUGCAGCAGCGAUGGGACCAGAGCAACUACGAGAAUCACCGCAGAAAGGUAAGCUCCACCCUGCCUGUAGUGGACAACAAGGGAACAAGGACACCAGCUCACGUCCAGCUCAAACUUAAAAAACUACAGCUGCAGGAUGAACGGCUGUCGAUCAUCGACAGAGACAACCGCCUCCUGGCCUCCAAACUGGCCGACAUUGUUUGCUCUAAAGGCCUGGUGGACCAUCGGAACCAGUACCACCUGAGGAGUCUGAACGCCGACAAACGGAGGGAGGAGCUUCUGCUGGUCAGCCGUCAGAAUCAGGCCAUCUACCAGCGAAUCACGUCUCGCCAGUCAGAGUACCGCCGGCAGCUGUGGUUGGAUGACUGGGAGAGGGCGGAGCGUCGGAGGGACGAUAUUUCCCGAUACCCCCGAGGGCUCGCACAGAAACAGAAGUCGCACAGGAAGGUGAAGUUUGCAGCCGUGGAGGGCAGCGAGAGGUCGACGAGCUGCAGCAACACCGACACCGACCGGACCGACAGAGAAACCUGAAGCACCAACAAACACACUGACUCAAACUGGCCUCGGCUGCUGCUUCAGUCAAAAAUUAUCCUGAAUUUGAUCUUAGUUUUUCCCGUGUGGUUCAAAAACACAUUUAAGCUCAGCUGACGAGCCACAUGGAGACAUCUGAUGUUUCUUUGGUUGUCUCUCUGUUUUAAAUCAACAAGAUCAGAGGAUGACUCCAUCAACAGAAAUCCUUACAAAAAGCUGCAGAACUUGCCUGAGAAACAUCAUGUUUUAAGUUUUCUUUAGUGUCAAAGUAACGACUGAAUUAAACUUUAAGAAUUCACAAAUAAGUGUAUCAGGUUUAGUGACAUCAAAUGGUGGUCAGAUUAGAACCAACUGAACACCCCUCGUCUCACCCUUCCCUCGGUGGCUGUUGAUCCUGAAAGUCUCUCUGUGGAAUCAGCGUUCGCAGAAACAUGGUGAUGCAGACAGUCGUAGUUUCAGGUGAUGAAACACUAAUGAAAACAUGAUUAUGAUUAUCAUCUCACACAUCUGACAGAAGAUCCGACACACUGGACCUUUAAUGCCUCACGUCUUGUCUUGUUUCGGGUCUGUUGGUGUUCUUUGUUGUCUCGUUCUUUGUGAGUUAUCCUGAUUUAAAUCUAAUUAAA